AUGAACUACGACAAACCUAAUCUUUUUUUUUACUUUAUUGCUGUAAUUAUAUAUGCAUUAUUUUUUCCCUGUAGUGCAGACAAAGUGACAAGUGAUGACAAACUAAAGAAUCUGGAGUGCCUCUUCACAUGGGACGUGGACAAAGAUGACAUCAAUGACUUGAAGGGCAUCCCAGAGAAGCUCCUGGACCGCGUCAAGUACUGUCCCCGCAGGUACCACGCCACCUACUUCAACAUCCUGGCCUUUGUGAGCCACCUGCAGGGUAGGAACGACACUGCCCUUGAAUACCUGGCCAAGCAAGACGAGGCAGACUUCCUGGUCACCUACUCCAGCUUUGCAUGGCUGCACCAUCACCUGGGUAACAUGAAAGACAUGGAGACUUACCUGGGCAAGGUGAAGAGAGUAGGUGAGGGUGGAGAGACCGCCGUGGAAGCAGAGAAAGGGUGGAGCUUCUUAAGGAUGGGGGCUAAGCUCUAUCCAAGGGCCAAGGAGAGCUUCCAGAAGGCUCUGGAAGCCAAGCCUGACAGCGUGUCCUAAAAUGUGGGCUAUGCCAUAGUCCUUUAUCGGUUGGAGGAGCUUGUCAGAAAGGAUGUUAGAGUCCAGCCUGAGGACAGCCCUGCAGCCAAACAGCUACAGAGAGCCUUGGAUAUCGACCCCACAGAUGCUGAAGUGAUGGUUCUCUUAGGCCUGAAACAUCAAGACUUUAAUGCGCCGAAGAGCAGAGAGCUGGUCCUCACGGCCCUUGAGAAGUGUGCUGACAUGCCUCAAGUCAUCAGGUACGCUGGUACAUACUUUAGAAGAGAAAACUGUACCGCAAAAUCUUUAGAGAUACUGGAGAAGGCUGCUAAGAGAGCUCCCAACUCCUCCUUCCUCUACCACCAGAUGGGGCUCCUCCACUGGCAAGAGAUAAUCAACAUGAAGACAUCCGGCAUGCGGAGGGUCUGCUCUGUGCAAGUAAUGCCGAAAGCAUCCGCUGAAAGCAUCCGCCUCUUUCACAAGGCUGUGGAGCUGAAGCCGUCCAACGUGUAUGCCUGGGUAAACUUGGCGAAGGCGUAUGCAGAGAGCCGACGGCUGGAGGAAGCUGAACCCAUUUUCGCCCGGCUGGUCUCGGAUGAACGUCUGACCGUCACAGAGCGGCAGAACUGCCAUGCCGAGUACGGGGUCUUUCUGAUGUUCCAGAGGAAGGAUGAUGUUCAGGCUGUGGAGCAGUUCAAAAAGGCGUACAGGAUCAGGGUCAACAGCAAAGAACGGAGUCAGGCUCGGGACAAACUCAAGAAGAUUGGGAACCGCAGGUCUGGGCAGAGAGGCCGGGAGAGUGAUGACAUCUCGACUUUCCUGUCCAAAUAGAUGACCAGGACAGGCGGGAGAGCGCCACAAGGGCUGCAGCAGCAGCAGCAAAUGUCAGUGGGCUUGCUGACAGCUUCAGAACAAAGAUGGCGUUAUAAAAGG